UGAUACAUAAAAUCUAAAUAGCACCCCUAGUUUUGAGUCGACCCGUCCCUAGUGGAAGAAGGCGGAGAAUUUUGCAGUCGGCGAAGGCGGAAUGAUAAAUUGCAAGAUUUCGGCCAAAGAAAGAUGAUAUUUCGCCCUUAAUUCAUUCCUGAAAGGUCACUUACACGUCUGUACGAGUGCCUAAUCUACAGUCAUGGCAGACCGACCAAUGAAAGUUGGGAUGCGCGUGGAGGUGGCGGGGAAGGGCCUGGUGGGGACGGUGGCGUACGUCGGAACGACCAUGUUUGCCAGCGGGAAGUGGGUAGGCGUGGUUCUGGACGAGAAGAAAGGAAAGAACAACGGCACAGUCCAAGGGAAGAAGUAUUUCAACUGCGAUGACGGCUAUGGCAUCUUUGUCAGGCAGUCUCAGUUGAACGUGUUAGAGGACCAGUCUGGGGGAUCUGCCAGCACACCCAGCACACCUUCGCAGGAGGAAAAAUCUGUCUCCAAACGAACCCCGGGGGCCAGAGCACCAAGACCAAGAUCCACAGCCUUUGAAACUCCCAGAGCCAGUCGGGGGAGCCGGGAGAAUCUUGAGAGACAACCCUUCCGAUUCAAGUCCAUACCCCAAAGGAAAACACCAUCUUCCAGCUCCAAGCCUCCAACUAGGAGCGCAUCCUCCACUGAACUUAAGACUUCAAAGACUGCAAACUCCGACCAGCAGACUAAAAAGUCCAAAAAAUCCCCAACAUCUAGUAACUUGGAUGAAACCAUCAAGGAAAUGAAGUCUCCCACCCAACCUUCCAAGGACUCUUCCAAAUCCAAAGAAUCCACACCUUUAUCCACCCCUGUGUCCACCCCUGUGGGCCCUACUCAAGCAGAAAUGGACGAGAAAGACAGGAACAUCGGGGAGCUCACUGCCAAGGUCAAGGACCUGGAGGAGAAGCUGGACACCAUCAAGGUCAAACGUCUGGAGGACAAGGGCAAACUCAAGGAGUUCGAGAAAAGCAAGAUCGAAAUACAGAAGCUUCUAGAGUUUAAGAGCAAGAUGCAAGAAGCCAAGAAUGAUCUUGAGAAACAGCUGAAAGAGGCAAAGAAGGAAGCCAAAGAGGCUCUUGAUGCGAAGGAGCAGUUUGAAGAGGAGAUGAAGGAUGUGACAGAGACCAUCGAGAUCGCCACCCUGGAUAAGGAGAUGGCAGAGGAGAAGUGUGAAGCCCAGCAACUGGAGGUCGACCAGCUCAGGGAGAGGCUGGAAGAGGCACAGACUGAUCUCGAGCUUCUUAAGAAUGAAAUUGCCACUUCAGGCACAGAGGGUGCUGCUACCAGCUUCCAGGUCAAACAGAUGGAGGAACAGAACAACCGACUCCGCGAUGCUCUCGUCAAGAUGCGGGACCUGUCCCAGUCUGAGAAGCAAGAGAACCAGAAGCUUCAGAAGGAGAUUGACAAGAACAACUCCCAGCUGAAGACCCUGACUCAGCAGAAGGAGAAGCUGUCCAAAGAGGUGGAGGAGGCAGAGGCAACUGUGGAUGAACUCAAGGAACAGGUUGACGCUGCCCUUGGUGCUGAAGAGAUGGUGGAACAUCUCACCGAGAGGAACCUCCAGCAGGAGGAGCGCAUCCAGGAGCUGGAGGAGCAGGUCGGCGACCUGGAGGCCAUGCACGAGAUGGACGAAGAGAUGCAGGAGAGCGCCCGCGAUAACGAGAUCGAGAUGCGGGAAGAAAUCGACAUGGCUAACUCCAAAGUUCGGGAGUUCCAGCGGAAACUUGAGGCAUCUCAGGAGAUGAUCGCAGACCUGCAGCAGACCAUCACCAAGUAUAGAGACCUCACCACCCAGCUCAGGGAGAAGAAUGAAGACCUUGCGGAGCAGACAGCAGAACUGGGGAAACAGGAGCCCACCACUCCAGUGGAGACUUUUGACUUUAAGGCCAAGUUUGCAGAAGUCAAGGCCCAUGCCAAGCAAAUUGACAUGGAGCUGCGUAAACUGGAGGUACAGCAGGCCAACCAGCAUGUCAACCUGCUAUGUGCCUUCAUGCCAGACAACUUCCACCGCAGGGGAGGCGAUCAUGACUGUAUCCAGGUGCUGCUGCUUAUUCCCAGGAUGGUGUGUAAGGCUCAACUGCUGGCAGACCAGGUCAGGGAUAAGCAUGAGUCAAUAGAAGAGCAGUUGUACGGGCCUGAUGAGGAGGGGGAGGAGGGAGAGAGCCAGCAGUUUGAGAUCCCACAGGGUGGUUUAGACCGGGCGCAGGUGGUGCGCAGCCACGUCGGAGAACAGCUGGGUUUUGCCAACCAUCUCAUCUACUCACUGGCCAUCUUCCAGUCCAUCCUGCACAAAUAUGACAAAGCCCUGAACUCGUGUUCUGUGGAGCUGUACAUGAAGGUGGGGACGCUGUACCCAGAGAUGGCCAUGCAUGAGAGGGCCCUGGAUCACCUCAUCGACCUGCUGAAGAAAGAUCAGCUUGAUGAAACAGUGUCCAUGGAGGCCUUGAACAAAGCUAUUGCUUUCUACCAGGCUGCUAGAGACUAUCUGGAAGCUCAGAAAAGGCCCAAGCACCUGUACAGUGUACACCUGAUGAACGAAGUGGUGGACUGUACCACUCUGCUCGGGGACCACCUGCGUAUCACGUCAGCAGCGCAGGACAGUGUCCAGACUGACCUGAACCGCCUGAAAGUUCUGCUGCACCCCGGACAGGAGACCAGCGACUUCGCCAUCCUACUCAAGGACUUGGAGACAUCUAAUGGGGACUGUAGACAGUUUGCCAAGAAGAUUAAGAGACACAUGCCUGGUGAGGAGAGCUCCAGGACCCUGUCCUUUGGACAAGAGGUACAUGUGCAGGACUCCCUGGCAGACUGUGCCAAACACCUGGACCGGCUGGUCAGGUGUCUGCAGGACAUCACAGCAGGUGCCAUGUCUCAGGCCGCUCUUCUUGGUGACAAUGAGGGUAUCCAGGCUAAGAAGCUGGAAGAGCUGGCCUUUAAGGUGUCGGACCAGGUGUACGGCAAGGAUGACACAGGCCCGUUUGAAGCCAUGAGGAUGUCGUUCUCCCUGCUCAUCAUAGCAAUGAAUAAACUGUCAACUGCCAUGAUGGAAGGAGAAUAUGAUUUCCAGGGGCCACCUGAACCUAAGGAUACUCGUCCAUACGCUGUCCACUUCCUCCGACCGUCAGCCACUGGUCCAAAGCCCCAACCACCGGUGGCGAUCCGAGCGACAAAGGUAAAGGGGGAGAUCCUGGACUCAGAGGGCAUGGGUCUGAAGCUGGAGGACAGGGAGACAGUCAUCCGGGAACUCAAGAAGUCCCUGAAAAUCAAGAGCGAGGAGUUGAGCGAGACCAAUGUGCGUAUUGGGCUGCUGGAGAAGAAGCUAGAUAAUGCGACUAAAGAGAGCGACAGUAAGACUGAAUACUUGAAGGUCCAACUGGAGGAAACUAACGAGGCUCUCCGCAAGAAGGAAGAGGAGUUCGAGCGAACCAUGGACGCCCUGCAGGGCGACAUUGACUCACUUGAGGCAGAGAAGGCAGAGCUGAAACUAAGACUGAACCAGAUGUCCAAACGCUCCCUCUUAGAAGGCCUGACACGCCACCAGGCAGCCCCCUCUGGUAUUGCAGCUGUGGUGGCAGGGGCUGCAAGUGGUAGUGAUGUAGUGACUGGAGAUGUAUCGUGGGGUGAAGGUGUGGGCAGUCCAACAUCCGGUGUGGUUCCCAUGACAACAGGUCAGACUCUGGUCCGAGACUCUCCGCUGCUCCUUCAACAGAUUGAUGUACUGAGGGUAGCUCUUCAUCAUGUCAAGCAGGAGAACUUCAGACUACAGGCACAGAAAAUGAAUGCCCUGCUGGCCGGCCUGCCCCCGCUGAAGGUGCCUAAGAAGCCUGUGGGGCUGAUCAGUAGAACAGGGCUGGUGCAGGUGGAGGGAGGGGGUGGGGACGCUGCACCCUCCAGGAACAAGCUGGGUGAACUCACCAGGAAGACUGACAAGCUCCUCACUGAUCUGUUCCACAUGAGUGCCUGUCCUAAGGUUGUGGAUAUCUCCCAUAGAAAGCCAGGCACUGUUCCCGUUCUAGAGAAGGCCACCCCAGCCCACCAGCUGGCCCAGAACACUGCCCGUAUCCAGGCCAUGCAGAAGGCUGCUGACCAGCUCCACAAUGAAGUGCAGGCUUUGGUGGCAGCCCAGCGCAAAGGAGGGCAGGUCAGAGGGGACUUUGCUGCUUUUACCUCCCCAGAACUCGCCAAGGCCAUGGAGGAGAAGGAGAACUGUGUGUGUGUGGGGAGAGUCAGCCUGCCCAGCGUAGAGAAGGGUCUGUUCUCCGUACAACUCCAACCCAAACAUCUACGAGAAAUCCACUCCAAGUUCAUCAGCUGAGGCAGAGAACCACUAUACCAGUGUCAUACGGAUCAAAGCUGUCUACAAGACGCACUGGGAAUAAUUUGUGUUUGAUGGUUAUUCGCAAAAUCUCCUUUUUACCUUUGGAGUACCUUAUUACACGAUACCAUGAUAUAUGCCUGUGUUAACUGAAGGAGUAACAGAAAGACCAAUAGUGAUCAUCAUCAAUUUAUCAGUCACACUUUGAAUUGCUUCCUUUAGUUUUGAGGCAAGAAAAGUUGGUUAUGUUGAUAUAGCCUCUUCACGAAGUCUGUGUGUUAGACAGCCUUGAUCCAAAGUUGAAUACUAUGUAACUAUAUCAUAGCAUUUGUUUGUAAUUAAAAAGAUUUGCAAGCUUGGACAUGAAUUCAGAGAAGGGAAAUAAUUAUGUUUAUGAAAUUGCAUCAACGCAACAACUUAAACCAAUCUCACAAGAACACGAAAAUCUCAAAAUAUGGCUUUUAUGUUAAACUUUCAGUAGCUCUGCUUUUAUCAAUGAAUGCAAUCAUCUGGAUGAAACUACAUACACUUUGAAACCAUUGUGUACAAUGUUUAAUCAUGGGUGUGUGGUGAAGUAAGAAAGGUAUGCUUUGGUUUGCAAAUGUUAAGUUUCCACAUCAACAAGAGCCAUCACUUUCAAUCAGAAAAACUUAUUGCUUCUUUUUGGUGUACAACAAAGUUGUAACAAUACCGAUGCCAAGCUGAAAUAAAUCUGACCUGAAAAGUC